AUGGCCCGGAUGCAGCCCAGGAUGGCCGAUGAUCCCAUCGAGCUGGAUGCCCUCGACGCCGCGGCCGGCCGGGCCGCCAGGAAGGCAGGACACACCAGGCCCCUCACAGACGGACCUGUGAAGCAGGUUCUCCGCAACAGCUACCUGUCCCAGCUGCUCGCGGGGGCGAAGUCGUGGGAGGUGGCCAGGGAGAUCGAGAAGCAAUGGGACGUCGUCGAGAGGCAGGAUCAAGUCUCGUAUUUCGCCGCCAUGCACGGCCCCAAGGACGACCCGGCCGUCCUGCACAGGCUCACGCAGGCGCCAGCCCCGGUCAGCACCUCCGAGGUGCGCCAGCGAGGCGCCGCAUCGCUGGUGCCAUCGGGAUACCUUUGCUGCACGGUGGAGGAGAUCGCCCUGGUCGCCAUGGGAAGCUCCCAGGACCGCCCUGUGAGCUUCUUGUGGAAGAAGAAGUACACGGACGUGGAGAGGAUCUUCAGGUGCUACGGAUCGCAGGCCAUCGUGUUCGUCUUCAAGGAUGGGCGAUCAAGCAGGUUGUCGAAGUUGGCGUUCUACCGAGAUGACGUGCGUGAUGAGGUCAUCGCGCACGUGGAGAGGAUGCGAGCGGACGUGGGCGAAGGGAGUGGUGACGGCUUUCAAUUCGUCAUCAAUGCGACGGGGAUGAAGAAGGAGAUUAAGAAUCAUGUUGAGGAUGCAAAAGUCGUUGCGGCCACCAUCACGGGCGGCGGACCUGAGCAGCCUGGGGAGACCAUGCUUUGGACGUUGUCGGUGCCCGUGACGUGCCUGAUGAACCAGCCGUUGGAUGACGAAAGCCAUCGAAGGGGUCGAGCCAAAGCGAAAACCCGAAAACGAUACUGA